AUGCGGCCCAGGGCCGCGGCGACGUCAGGAAUCAUAGGUGACGCGAGCCGCGGCAUCUCGCGGCCGGUCCCGCUCGUCCUGCGAAUCACCUGCGUCCUUGCCCUACUGGUGCACGCCGCCACGUGGAUACCGAUCGCCGAGGCUGUGAUCUGCAAAGACUCCUACAAAUGCAACUGUAAGGGGAUAAAGGGGCAGCCAGGAUUUCCCGGGAUUCCUGGGCCCGAAGGAACGGAAGGACUGCCAGGUGACAUCGGACCCGAUGGACCCCCCGGACCCAAAGGCGAGAAAGGAGCGGGAGGAGAAUAUGGAUCCACCGGAGAGAAGGGCUAUCGAGGUGACACUGGUAUACAAGGAUUUGUGGGUCUCCCAGGAGUUUCCGGUCUUCCUGGUCACCCUGGUGUGAUGGGUCCAGACGGACUGGACGGAUGCAACGGAACCGACGGCCGUGCUGGUGCACCGGGUGUAUUCGGAGAUUACGGGCUUCAAGGUCCGCUAGGCCCUCCGGGCGAUUAUGGUUUUCCGGGUGAGCCUGGUGACGGUGGUAUAAAUUCAGUCGGUGCCAAAGGAAUUCGCGGAGAUCCCGGUAUCAAUGGUUUGGAGGGUUUCGAAGGACAGCAGGGGAUCAUCGGCGACGUGGGUUAUCCAGGCAACACGGGCGACUUUGGUUUGUCAGGUGCUCCUGGCUUACCGGGCAUGCAAGGUGACCGCGGUGACACCGUGUACGGUGUGAAGGGUCAACUUGGCGAACAGGGAGACAGGGGAGAAGCUGGAUCACCGGGCAAAGACGAAUAUAAGAAGAAGGAAAAGUCGACGCCCGUGAAAGGGCCGCAAGGGGCAAAAGGCAUAAAGGGCUUUUAUGGCGAUCGAGGUCGUAAGGGAGAGCUGGGCGCCAGGGGUCCCGAGGGUCGACCAGGUUUUUUGGGUAUUAAAGGUGUGAAAGGUGAACAAGGUGGCGAUGGACCAAGAGGUAAGCAGGGUGCCGAGGGUCCACCAGGCCCGGCUGGUGAGAAAGGAGAGAAGGGAGCUCCAGGAUUCGCUGGAUUGUCUGGUGCAGAUGGAACCGAUGGAGAACUAGGAGAAAAAGGAAAUCCUGGUCCACCUGGUAAACAAGGGGCUGAGGGUCCACCUGGAGAGUACAAUCCACAACUUGAUGAGAUAUUACCCGGAAAUAUCGGAAUCCAAGGAGAUCUUGGCCCUCCUGGUGAAUCAGGCCAAACAGGGACACCGGGUGUGCCAGGAAUUAUCGGCUUUAUAGGACCGCCAGGCCCACCAGGACCAAUAGGUCUCCCUGGUCUAGCGGGAGCGAAAGGCUCGUCCAUAAAAGGAGAACAAGGAGAUGAUGGCUUACCAGGACCUAUGGGACCUGAAGGACCUUCCGGAUAUCCCGGUAGACCCGGAAUUAUGGGACCCAAAGGAUUCCCGGGUGCAACGAUAACUGGACCGCCGGGCCAAGAUGGUAUUCCAGGUCUUCCAGGAUUGUCAGGACCGCCUGGUGAUCGCGGUAAUCCUGGUUUUCAAGGAGCGAAAGGUUUUCCUGGAAAAGGAAUAAGAACUCCUGGUCCAGAUGGAGAACGUGGUCUGCCCGGAACACCUGGUAUUCCUGGCACUGAUGGCUGGCCUGGUUUACGCGGCCCUAAGGGAUUUAAGGGUGGUCGAGGAGAUGACUGUGGCGUAUGUGCUCCAGGUUUGCCCGGUAGGAAAGGAGAACAUGGUGAAUCUGGUUUGAAUGGAUUUCCUGGAGCUCCGGGAUUUUCUGGACUACCCGGUCCUCGAGGAGUCAAGGGAAUAAAAGGAAAGCAAGGUCCGCAAGGACCGCCUGGGCUUCAGGGCGACUCGGGAAGAUCCGGUAUUGCGGGACCUCAAGGACCUAAAGGAGAACAUGGAAGGGUGGUACUUCCGCCAAGAGAGAGUGUUUUUAGUCCGCCGGGUGAUAAAGGUAAAAAAGGUUUACCUGGCCCCGAGGGAAUCAGGGGUCUGCGAGGACAACCGGGACCCUUCGGUGACAACGGUGUACCGGGAGAGAAAGGAGAAAAGGGUGAUCAUGGUCCUCCUGGAAUACUGGGAGUAGACGGUUUUCCAGGAAGGAAUGGUAUUCCUGGCGAAAAGGGUGAGGAUGUUUUGAUACCAAUCGAGUUCUUGCGCGGAGAUCCGGGAUAUCCGGGAGAACCGGGAAUCAAAGGAAUACAAGGAGAUACGGGUAUUAAGGGAGAACCUGGUCAGGCAGGUACGCAAUACACCGCAGAUAUCAAGGGCGAAAAGGGCUACAAAGGUGCCAGAGGAGCUCCCGGCGAGUUUGGUUUCAAAGGUUUCCAAGGACAUCCUGGCGACGAAGGACUACCAGGAUUUCCUGGUGAGGCUGGUUCUCCAGGACUUUCGCUGCAAGGUCCCAUAGGUUUGAAAGGCUAUCCCGGAAUGCCAGGAGACCAGGGAUUUCGGGGCACAUCAGGCUCGCCUGGAUCUCAGGGGCCAGUAGGUUUUCCGGGUCGCAUUGGUAACAAAGGCGAUCGUGGAGAUCCGGGCACAAAUUUAACAUACGGCGAAAUUGGAGAACGCGGACAUUACGGUUCAAAGGGUGACUUCGGUGAUGCCGGUCCUCAAGGAUAUCCUGGUCUACCAGGAGGGGAUGGUUUAAUGGGUAUCAAGGGUGAUAAGGGAGCGCCUGGUUUCGAGGGGUUGCCUGGACUUCAAGGAGCCAAAGGUCAACGUGGAGACAGUAUACAAGGUGUUCGUGGAUCCCCGGGAAUACCUGGCCUGCAAGGAAAUCCCGGAAGAUUUGGAGACUCCGGUCGUAAGGGCUUUGAUGGCUCCCAUGGUUUUAACGGAAUGAAGGGCCGGAAAGGAGAUAUCGGUUUUAUUGGACGGCUAGGUGACGACGGUGAUGUGGGACUUCAGGGAUUGAAAGGAUUGCACGGUUCACAUGGUCAGCGAGGUGUACCGGGAAUAAAGGGAGAUAUCGGCGAGAGUGGCGAGCCGGGACCACUCGGUUGGCCUGGUGCCAACGGUACAAUCGGAGAUGUCGGCCCUAAAGGACAAAUGGGAGACGCCGGAGUCCCCGGUUCACCAGGAGUGAGAGGGCCGACUGGAAAAAAAGGUGUCACCGGUGAUCCUGGUCUUGAGGGAUUAGCGGGGAUCCUGGGCGAAAAUUCUUUCAGCGGUCCCCAAGGUGAUGUGGGUGAAAAAGGUUUUCAGGGAGAAAUCGGACCGCCCGGUCAGCCUGGAUUCGAUGGACGACCGGGCAUACCGGGAGAGCCGGGAAUAGCUACCGACGGCUUCGAUGGUCUACCAGGACCGAAAGGUGAACCUGGAUUCGAUGGAUACAAUGGUGUUGAAGGAGCAAAGGGAGAAAUCGGUGACAUGGGUCCCGAUGGAUUAAAGGGCGAACGAGGCGAGCAAGGCUUCCCAGGAAGAGCAGGCGUGCACGGAAUACCGGGAAGACACGGUGCGAAAGGUGAAAGAGGCCCGAUUGGACCACCUGGAUUUGACGGUUUGAAAGGAAAAGCAGGUGGCAGUGGUGAUCCGGGUAUAAUGGGCAGACCAGGAAUGCCGGGUGAGCUGGGUGUGAGGGGAGCCCCAGGUUUUAUGGGUGCUCCUGGAUCGAAAGGCUACGUAGGCGAACCUGGUUUACCAUUUUACGGGCUCGUAGCAAAGGGUGAUUUCGGUCAUCGCGGCCACGAUGGUUUUAUUGGUGUGAAAGGACUACCAGGUGAACCAGGAGUGAUCGGUGUAUUCGGUCGAAAGGGCGAAAUUGGAGACAGAGGAUAUCCGGGUCCCGAUGGUUUCCCAGGAAUACCCGGUUUCCCUGGUCUACCGGGUGACCAAGGUUUUCGCGGAGCUCCAGGAUUGCCCGGUGAAUUUGCUGAACCAGGUGAGCCUGGCCGUGCUGGCCUCGAUGGUAUACCUGGUAUCCCAGGACGUUCAGGACAAAAAGGAGCUCCUGGUGAAUACGGUCCGAACGGACCCAAAGGAAUCUCUGGCGACAUAGGCCACAGCCUUCGCGGUCCUAAGGGAAUGGUCGGAGAGUCAGGUCAACAAGGAUUCGUCGGCUCACCGGGUCCACCAGGUAUAGGAGGAUUGCCAGGCAACCCCGGAGCACCAGGACCUAAAGGUUUCCAAGGAGAACGGGGAAUAUCGGCGGGCAGCAAGAAAGGACAGCCGGGCGAACAUGGAUGGCCUGGAUUAAAUGGUCGACCUGGACUGAAGGGAAUGAAAGGUGACUCUGGUGCGCUUGGUUAUAACGGAUUUCCAGGACCAAAAGGAGAAAGAGGAGAAAUCGGUGAACCUGGCCUACCUGGGUUACCUGGUCCUGAAGGGCCACGGGGACCAAAAGGAAACCCUGGCAUAAAUCCUUUCCCGCCGUUCCCAAGACGAGGACUCCCCGGUGAUAUUGGAGAGCCCGGAUUACCAGGUUUCCCUGGACUACAGGGAAUGGUGGGUGAGCCUGGCAAAGACGGUUUGCCGGGACGACAGGGUGAAAUUGGAAUGAUUGGAAUUUCUGGGCCGCCAGGACCAGACGGUAAAACUGGGCCUCCCGGACAUCAAGGAUCUCCUGGGUUUAUCGGACAACGAGGACAACCAGGUUUUCCCGGCGCACCUGGACCGCCUGCGCCAAGCGGAAUUGGUCCGAGAGAUAGAGGAUUCUAUUUUGCUCGUCACUCGCAAACCGAAAUGAUACCGUUCUGUCCAAGAAAUACCGUGAAGGUCUGGGACGGAUUCUCGCUAUUGCACACCAUGGGUAAUGGACGAGCUUACGCGCAGGAUCUUGGCGCUGCUGGUAGUUGUGUCAAGAAGUUCUCCGCUAUGCCCUUCUUGUUCUGCAACCUGAACAACGUGUGCGAUUAUGCCAAUCGUAACGACUACAGCUACUGGCUCAGCACAACCGAGCCUAUGCCAAUGAUGAUGACACCAAUACCGGUUCCGGAAGUUGGUAGAUACUUAUCGAGAUGUUCUGUGUGCGAAGCGCCGACUAGAGUAAUAGCUGUUCACAGUCAAUCCAUGGCAAUACCCGAGUGUCCGGGUGGCUGGGAAGAAAUCUGGGUUGGAUACAGUUUCCUCAUGCACAGAGAUGCAGGCGCGGACGGCGGUGGUCAAUCCCUAGUCUCGCCCGGCUCUUGCUUGGAGGAGUUCCGCGUCAGGCCGUUUAUCGAAUGUCGCGGCCUCGGCACGUGUAACUACUUCGCCACGGCGACAUCGUAUUGGCUCGCGACCAUCCACGACAACGAGAUGUUCCGCAAACCGCUGCAGCAAACGCUCAAAGCCGACCACACGUCUCGGGUGAGUCGCUGCGCCGUGUGCCUCCGCCGACGGGUCACCGAGGUCCUGAAACCCUUCACAUCCAACAACGAGCGAGCCCCUUAUAAUAGAGGCGUUGCUCCGCCGGCGCCGUCGUCCCACAAUCUGCCGCCCUACUAUCAGGCAUCCAGGUCACCGCCACCUGGCCGAGGAAGACAUCCCAAUCACAAUAGGCGCGUGCCCGAUUACUCCCGCAGGAGGGAUCGCUUACGCGCCAAGCAUUGGAGAACAACGCAGUCUCCCAACGACGUGUAGACGCAGCAAAAAAUCGCGUAUACAUCCAGAACAAGCGGCACCAGUGACGAGGGUGCAAGGGCGCAGCCUAUGUAUAUAAAGAAGCAAGAAACUCUUUUUUUUUUUCUAUUAAUUAAGUUAUAUCGGCCGGGUGCUUUAGUUCGUAUAGAUCUUGCAUCGGAUAGAAAAAACGCGGACGAAAAACGCGAUCAGGAACCGCAUGGUAAAGGGCUCGAGAUAACGCAGACAACAUGCACACACAAUUCCCGGUCUAUCAUCCUGUUUGGAAAAGAAAUUGUAUGGAUAAACGUCUUCUUUUUAAGUCGUCGACCAUUGAAGUUGAAGUAUUGGAUAUGAAACGCAAUUGAGUACUUUUAUAAACCUCUCAAUUUAUCGAUGCAUUCCUCUCCCGAAAGUCGUAACGGGGGGAAAAGACGAGUUGCUUGUCAAAGCAGCGCGGCGGCUGUUGAAUCAAGACCUGAACGGCUGCCUAUCUGAAAAUCCUUAUCCUGGAUCCUUCUAUCGCACUUGGGAACUCUUGUCGCUGCUAUUCGUUCCUACCCUGUGCAGGAGGUCUACGACCCACCCUCCCGGCCAUCUCGUCUCUUCCUGCGCGCCCGAUAAAAAGCGCCGCCGGCUGCCGUGAAGCCAUAUAACUGCCUUAUGCCAAAUAGAAAAAAGAACCUGUCGCGUCCGGCCAUCGCAAAACUGCCAAUAACGUUGCGCUUGCCGACGCGAUUUACGAGAUCACACUACAAUAAUUAAAUUAACGUUAUGUAUAUUGUAUCGCUGUCGUAACUAUUUACCUAUGUAUCUCGCAUUGAAUAAAGAUCCUUUUAUAUAAGCCAAUCGACGCCUUUCCAGUACGUUUAUCUUUUUCCUGAAAAAUGGAUAUAAUAAUAAAUUAAAAAAUAUCUAACAAGUUAAUUGACUUGUAGCUGAAAAUUUUGUCUGAUGAGAGCAGCGAAGAAGAUUGAGCUUCAUCGUUUUGUCAGAAGUAUUUUAUAUUUUACAAUUUAUAUCUCAUCAUCUACAAAAUAAAACAUAAAA